AUGUCCGUGUCUAAGUCAGGCAGAAGAUGGACCCUUAAAUUUGGGGGGAAGAAGGAGGGGGAAAGCGGUGAACAAGGAUACAAGGAUGUGCGCGUUGCCUCCAUAUGCCUGUGGUGCGUCAGCAGCCAGGAGUGCGUGGAGUACCCUGUCCGAAGGAUCCUUCCCCCGAGUGACCUGUGCGAGCUGCGCUCGGCCCGCUGGGGAGUCUGCUGGGUGAACUUUGAAGCCCUGAUCAUUGCGAUGUCUGUGGUGGGGGGAAUGAUCCUGAUUAUGCUGGGUGUCUGCUGCUGCUGCUGUUGUCGGAAAAAGAGCAAAAAGCCUGACAAGGAUGAUGAAAAAGCGGCCAGAGAGCGAGAGAAGAGGAGGGUGCGACAAGAGGAGAGGAGAGCAGAGAUGAAAUCAAGACAUGAUGAAAUCCGAAGAAAAUAUGGCCUGUUCAAGGAAGAGAACCCUUAUGCGAAAUUUGAGAAUUAAUAGCAUCUCCUGACCUGCUCAGCACAGCUGAACAGUGCCCUCCUGCACAGAGCCACAAGGACUCUGCACCUACCAAAAGCAAACCGCUGUGAUGCCACUUCUUGCUUCCCUUGCCACGAAAGAGGGGCCAA